AAUGUGUCAUGGAUGUGUCCUCAUUGGUUAACAUGCUAGUGACGCCACGCACCCCCAGCUGACAACACCGGAGCCUCGGCAUGGGGGGUCCGGACCUUAAUGUCGGCUCGGUUUUACUCGGCAGCGUUUGAUAUUUCAUUGAUUUGGACCGAACCAAAGGGGGACAUUUUGGAGAUGCUUACACAGGAAAGUGACCCUAAUGGAAAAAGAUGGAUGUGUCUUGUGACUUAGGCUGAUGUAUGCCAUUAUGUGCUUUCAUUUUUAGCACUAUGAGUGCAGUGGACAUCAUCCCUCGUCCUCCAUCAGCAUGAUUGGAGCAUCCAGUCUCUCGGGGGACACCCUGAUUGCAUGCCACUUCCCGUUGCUUCCUCUCCCCGCCUGGCAGCUCCCUGUCCAGGCCCUCUGUGGGUCAACCAAGAGACCCGGCUUGUCGGGUCUGACCCGUGCGGCAUCGCUCCCAGAGCAGAGUACACUGCAUCAGGAGCACCCCAUCACUAAUAGUCGAAGACAUUUUUCCGGCACCUUUAGCAGUGUCAAUGAGGACCGGACGGAGGACGAGGAUGAGGAGGGCACCAGCGACUCAGCUUCAUCACCGGAAGAAGUGACUUUCAAGAAGGAAGAGGGUGGAGCUAGAGGUGGUCAGCGCUCACACAACUCCUUCCUUCCUAAUACAGAUGUGGAUGAAGAUGAUGACGACAGCGACGGAGAUAACCUUCACAAGUAUCACGAGGACUCGUCUUUUGUGUUGCAUGGGACUUCCAACUGGCUCGGGAGAGUCAGAGUCCGAUCCCCACACAGGAACCCAGACCAUGACGACUUGCUGCAAAAUAGCCAAUGUUCCUCAGAGCUUUUCCCAAAUAUUCAAACUGAGUGUACCAGCGACUCCUCCGGUGGCAGUUCUGACGGCAUCUUAGUCAACUUCUGCGCUAUGUACAACAGAAGCAACAACCCGGCGUCCGAGCCUUCUCCAUCAUCAGAUGGAUCUGUAGUCCUCAACCUCCAGCCUGUUUAUCCAAGUGAUGUUCUCCAACAAAGCACCCACAGUCCAUUGAGAGAAGACUGUCCCUGGUCACCUCAGGGUCUGGAGUCCAAUCGCAAUCACCCUCCCGGUCUCUCCUCUCUGGAAAUGUCCGACCUGGCUGCCUGCUUCCAAAGCCAAGACACCCUGGCGAUGGGGACCAAUCAGAAGUACUACAAGCUGGUGACUUGUGACCUAUCAUCCCAGUCUCCUGUCGCUUCCUGGUCCAAUGUCGCCGGCUGCCUUGAGGCUGAGAGCCCAAGCCAAAACGGUCUUAAUGCAAGAGGACAACAUUGUGAGGACAAAGAGGCUCACCCCCAAAUAUCGUGUUUGUUGUGCUUCAACCAUAAUUCUACAUGCCAAGAUGCUAGUGCUGCACCCACUCAGGGACCCAUCCUAAAGGACCAUGUUAAGGCUACUGAAAAGGGAACAACUUCAAUGCACUCCCAUAAACCACAAAGGCCAACGUCCCUACCCAUUCAGCCUAUAGUACUCGACCCCAGAGAUAGACCUCAGGCCCAGACCCAGCAGCUGGGCUGUCUCGUGGAGCGAUACAUGAAGCAGAAGAAUGACAAAAAGAACUCUUGUGCAGGAUUCAAAUCCUUUUCCAUCGUGAAGGCAUCAUCAUUAGCAGAUAGCUCCAUCUUCCUGGAGGCUUGCUCCAGCUCUGAUACCUGCUCCACCUGCACGCCCGGCUCAUCAGAUGCCCCCAAACCAGGACAUAUGUGGUCUCAGGCAAGCCAUAGUCCGAGGAAAUCUGAAAUCAAUCCAGGUCAAGAUAAAACAACUCCAACAAGCUCAGGAAAAACUGGUAAAAAGUUGAUACCAGGUGCCAAAUUUGUUCGAAUCCCUACCUACCAGGACCUUAUUAGCCUAACAACCCCUAAGGAUGCUCAGCCCCAAACUGAGAGUCUCUUUGAGUCCGCAUUAUCACAUUUGACACCCCAAAACAGUCAAGCAAACCCUAAUUCUCAGACAUCUCAGCCUCAAGAGGACGCCGUCUUCAGUUUAACGACUGCUUUCUCCACAGCAGUUCCUCUGAACUCUUUGGGUUCCCUGCUGUCCUUCACUGUAUCUGGUCUGCAUCCUCAUCAAACCUCUGAAGGGAUCAGCGAAAGCCAACCUCUGCUCCAGACAGAUGCCUGCUUUUCACCUGACACAUCUUAUGAGUCCUUGUCCAUCAGUCAUCUCCAAAGAAGAGGUUUGCUGAGGUCUGUGAGCACGGCAGUUGAUCUAAUCAUAGCUCAUUUUGGAAGCAGCAGAGACCCUGUAGAAAAGAUGCGUUUAGGUACCAGCUCUCUAAGUCCUAUGAUCGCCAGCCUGGUCUUGGAUCGCCUGUGUCCAGCUCUCCAAAAUGUUCUAGAGGACGGCCUCAGAGAUCAUAAACUGGAUGUCAUCGUUGGUCAGCGGCGUACCACAUCCUGGAGUGUCGUAGAAGUCUCCAUCAAGACUGGUCCAUCCAUGAAGGUUCUCCAUGGUUUGGUGUGUAAAAUCAUGCGGUUUCCGCAACUGAGCAGCAAUAGCAUGAAGCUGAGGGCCUUCCUCAUGGGAUUGCUGAACUUGAGAGCAUUGGAGUUCUGGCUCAGUCACCUGCACGGUCUAAAACAUGUGAUAACGGCAUACUACCACUGCUGGGGCUUCCUGUCCAUGUCGCUGGGUUGCUGUCAGCCGAUGUUUCAGGAGCUUAUGCUUCUUCUGCAGCCUCUUUCCGUUUUACCCUUUGAACUGGACUUGCUCCUGGAACCCAGGUUGUUACAUCACAGACCACAGGAGUGUGUUUCUCCUAUUCCGGUCUUCCCAGCGCUGUCUGUUAGCAGGAGGCCAACGGUAAUGCAGGUCAACAGGAGUCAGAUGGUGUUAGCGCCUGUUCCUGAGUGGCGAACCGAGGACCCGAGGGACUGUCAUCAUAAUGGUGGAGAUGGCAGGUCUCCAGUUUGUAGGAAAGAAAAUGGAACGGCUUCUAGUUCCGGCCUGCGCUGGGCCAAACUUUUCGGAGCAGCUUCCACCAGGCUUCAAACAAGUACAGAGAGUCACACUGCACCUCAACUCAAAGGGUGCCAUCGGCCAUCACAGUGGCUUUAUCUGGACGCUUGGCUCAGUCCAUCAGGUCAAUGAAGACACAAGACUUUAUUUUAAAAAAAUAAUCUCAACUUAGUUAAUGCAUGAUACAGUCAUUCUGCUGCACUGAUCACAGAAACAACAAGAGUCGCAGCUUUGGCACCAACUCACCAAGCAUUCCUGUAUUUAACCCUCUGGGCUUGAGGCAGCUAUUUAAAACAAGUUUACCAUCAAAUUUAUGUGCUUCGAAAGGUCAAAACUGGUGAUUCACAAAUGUUUAUGUUAGCAUUCAAACACUCAGGUGAGGAAUUCAAAGGCUAAUAUUCUUCUCAAUGAACAAUAUAGAAUGAAUGCUUAAAAUCAAACUACUAAACCUAUUUGUUUUUGUUUGAGAGGUAGCCAUAAUAAUGGCAAACAUUAGCAUAUUUAAGCUAAUUUUACAUAUUUCUGUCCUAAAUCGAGCAUUUUCCGAGCAUAAAAAUGGCUAAAUGAACUAAAACUACAAAUAUAAGGCAUUCAGAAGAUGCAUUCAAGUAAGUAUUUGAUAUGUAGUAUUCUUACUGGUCACUAGGUGUCAAUGAUGAGAUAAUAGCCACUGCAGGAAGUACUCUGUGUAACUUCCCCAAUGCUUUCCUGUGAAUGUCUAAUAAUGUAAAAAAAAAUACAUAUAUAGAAGGUUGUAAACAGGUUUUUUAUGCCCUAACUACAAAAAUAUUCUAUUAAUAAAUAAGUAAUCCUACUUUGUGGAAAUUCACUUUCCACGGUCAGGUCUAGAACCAAUUAACUGUGGUAAACGAGUGAUCACUUUAGUGUGAAUUUGAAAGUAACACAUAACCAAUUCAAAUAAAAAAAAUUUAAAUAAAACAGCAACUAAAUUAAGAGCAUUACGCUAAUGCUAACUUAAGCGCUUUAGCUACAUUUCAGUGUCACUUCGCUGUCAUUGUCAGAUCGUAUCGGAUUUGUUCCUCAUAGUUACAGGUAAAUAGUUGCAUUCUAUUAUUCAGAUGUUGCUUUAAAUUAAUUUAUUUUAAUUAUUUAUUUUGUAUAAAUUUAAAUUAAAAACGUCUGAAUUUGAGUGGAAGCUAAAACUACAUUGAAAUGAUAAUGUAACUAUGCUAAUGCUAACAAAAGCACUUUAACAACAAGUCAUUAAUUCAAUUUUAUAUCACUUUAUAAUUCAUUAUGUCAUUCAAUUGAACUAGUGAGCAUUUUUUUUGUAGUUUGAGCGUUUGCUAACCCUAAAUCUAUAAUCAUUCAUCCUCAAUGUAGACCUAAAGGAAAGGAGGGUUCUAAUGCUAGCCAAAGUGCUUUAGUUACUUUCCAGUGUCAUUUACUGUUAUUGUUGUUUCAUUCCUUGUGCAUACAGGUCACUAAUUAUAUUUUAUUUAUCUUCUUGAGGUGUCAUUGUAAGUCAGUUAAUCAGUUUGAAAUUUGAAUUCAAGAGUCAGCCAUAAUGCUGAGAUAUAGUAGAAAGGAUUGGGCUAAUGCUAACCAAAGCAGUUUGCACAUAGCAACCUUCAGUUUCUGUUAUUGUUGUUGAAUAUACUUAACUCUUUUUUCAUUUGUCAUAACAUAAAUAACGUUGUUCGAGUAGUGUGACCCAAUCAUAACAAGACCCAAAUAAGUCAUAAUUACAUAUAGCCUGUUCCUGAUAGCAGAACAUUUUUAUUCAUGUCAUUUGUUGCAUGGUUUUGCAUGAUAUGCCAAAAACCACGACAGGUUAGCGUAUUGAAGAGAGAUUCAUGUGUCAAAUCCUCUGGUACAAACAGCAAUGUGUUGUUUCUGCAAUAAAAGUGGAAUUGUUCCUAUUCUAAGGUAAUUCCUUCAAUAAAA